AUGGCUGCUGCAGAAUUGAAGACCGAGAAUGUCGAUGUCAAACCAGUGGGGAAUGCAGCAGCAGCAGCAUCAUCAGUUAACGUAAGGGUGUUGUUCUUUGCCAGAGCUCGAGACCUAACUGGCGCAGCAGAUACUUUGUUGGAGGUGACAUCGGGCAGUACAGCAGGCGACUGCUUGAUCGAACUCAUUGCUAGAUUUCCAGGGUUGGAGGAGAUUAGAGAAUGUAUGGUGCUCGCCCUGAAUGAGGAGUACACAUCGAAUUCUGCAGUCGUCAAAGAGAACGACGAGCUGGCUAUCAUACCUCCCAUCAGUGGUGGUUAG